UGUGUUACAGUGGUCCAUAGACAGCGCAGCCACAUCUCACUGGAACGUGGGUUGCUCCCGAUUCAAGGGCCAUAAAGUGCUUAAAAAGCCACGAUACUGAAACAUCGCAUAGAGCACGGCAGAUCACAAAAGAAGAUUUCAUGUCCUAUGAUUAUAUUUUGUGCAUGGAUGAAAGUAAUCUAAGAGAUCUGAAACGUAAAUGUGGUCAAGUACAAAACUGCAAAGCUAAAAUUGAACUACUUGGAAGUUAUGAUCCUCAAAAACGGCUCAUUAUUGAAGAUCCA